AUGGCAAAGGAAGUAACGAUGUGCUCUCAAUUGCAGCAAUGGACUCCCGUAAAGGAAACUGCGGGCGCUCCAAGCGUUCCCCCGCAAGUGGGUUAUUGCUUCCACUCUCCCAAGAAACACCCUUGGAGACCUAUUAUGGGCUACGAAGAAAUCGAAGUUACUCCUAUGCCAUCCCAGCCAAUAACAAACACGAUGGUAGAUCCAUGCUACACACCGGCGGGCAUGGCGGCUGAACCUCUCCGCUUUCCCAACCUGGUGACAGGCUUCGACCGCAGCCCUGAGCAUGCAGCGAGGGCAGCUUUAUACACGCGAUACACUCAGUACGAAUGGAAUCAAAACAGUAUCAAAAACUACAACGAGUCUGAUGCGAAGAGGAACUUUUCAGAGCGAGUUAGAAAUGAUAUCAUGAGGAUGUUGAGGGAAACAGAUGAGAUCGGGACGCAGGGCCAGCGUGAUUCUGGAAGAAGAAUCGGCGAGCGAAUCACCGACACGACAUUUUGGAGGAACGAGGUAUCCAUUGAAAUGGAACGUCUCGUGGCAACGUGUGAGAAACUAAAUGACACGCGACGUCAACUAGAACGAGCAAUAGCUGGGAUCGAAGGGCCCUUGCACAUCGUCCAAGAAUGUCUUUACCACCGCGAGAAGAGACAGGGUCUGGAGCAAGUACACGAUGCCGUGGAGCAAUCAUUGCUGAAGGAGGUAGCCAUGCUUAAGGAGUGUCAAGAUAAAUUCCGAAAUAUGUUGGAAAAGGUCCGGCAGCAGUCGAAGAACUGUCGCGCCACGCAGCAUGAAUUAGAGACAGACAUGCGCAACAAGGAAUAUGCACUCGGUAUCGACAACAUGUGCCAUCAGCUCAAUAACUUUUCUAAGGGUCUGCAAUUCUACGCGGGUAUCGAGCGAUACGAUCCAACGGUGUGCGACACAGAGCGCUGGGCUGCAGCCAGCGCCGCCACGCUCCAACGCUCUCAAUCGGAAAGGGCCAAAGCCGUGCAAAUGCUAUCCGAUGCCGAAAACUUGGUGAACGUAUCUGCCACGGAGAUUUGGGACCAAUGGAGCAACACUAACAGCGCCUUUACGCGUCGCAUCGCGGAGACUAUAGAGAUCAAGAACAAGCUGCAACUGCAUUUGCACAAGGUACAACAAGAGAUGUUCGACGUGGAAAAGACUCUGGAGCUGCUCAACAAGGCUAUCGAAGAUAAGCUGCAGCCGCUGAGAGUAGCGCACACGAGGCUGCAGGCUCGCACCAACCGUCCGCACCUGGAAAAAUGUCGGGACGAGGCGCAAAAUAGAUUAGUAAAAGAAUGUUGUGAUCUGCAAGAGACCAUGGAGACACUAAGAUCCAAGAUCGCUACGGCGGAAGGCACCCACCAGACCCUUCUAGGAGUUCGUGCCGGCCUGGAAGCUGAUCUCCGCAAUAAAUCUACCACCCUCUUUAUAGACCGGGAUCAAUGCAUGGGUUUAAGACGGGGAUAUCCAGUGACAGCUGCUAUUAAAGCCUAG